AUGACUGAUCAAGCAGUUAAUUGUGAAGCUAGUACUUUCUAUGCAGUUAAUGCUGAAGCCAAUGCUUCUAAUAUCUUACACAUAAUUAAUACUAAAACUAAUACACUUUGCAAUAAUGUAGUUGAUAAUGAAGCUAGUACCUCUUAUGAGAAUACAAUUAAUGAGAGGGCUAAUAAUACAGAUACUGUAUUAGUAAA